AUAUGCGAAAUAAUCCUUAAUUGAUAGAAAAGCUAAUGUUUGAUGAAAUCAAGGCCUGUCCAAGAAAUGGUGGCUCAGAAAUACCCAGCCGAGGAAGUUGCAGAUGACUGGUAGCGCGUCGUGGUUUAUAAGUAGCCGAUCAUGGGCAGGACAGUAAUGAAUAUUUCAACACCAUCUUGCCUUGUAUCUUAAGUGAAGAAUUUCGACCAGAAAAAUGGCAGAAAGAGAGUCGAUGAAUAAAACCGGACCGUAUUGUCAAAAGUCAAAGUCUGCUGUUUAUCGACCGACAUUCUUAUUACCGAUCGUGAUCAACGACAAGCUGGAGCUUGGCCGACCACAAUUAGAUCCUGUCCCCUACAAGAGGUAUUCGGCAACUGGAGCUGAAGUCGUGCUGAAGGGACAAUUCAUCGCCCGCGUCCAGUACGCCGGAAUGACUUUUGAGCUACCUGUUCAGGUGUCAAACAAAAUGGACACCCGCAGUCUGAUGGGAAGGCGCUGGUUUCCUACUCUCAACUUGGAUUGGAAUGGCGUAUUCCACUGCACCUCCAUCGUUCAUCCAUUAAAAGAACAAACUGAACGACAACGCCUUCAGGAACUCCAAAUGACGCUCAUCAGAACUACUGCGAUUAACAUUAAAGUCAAAGUCGACGGCUUCGAUCUAAUGAUGAUGUUCGACACGGGAGCGACGCAGUCCAAACUCAGCUCGACCGAUUGGGAAAAGAUCGGCAAGCCUGAACUGAAACCGACGCAGAUUGUCAUCCGGGAUACGAGUAAUACGAUCAUGCCUCUGACCGGCCAGUGCACAAUCUCCUGCGAGUACAAUGGACAAAAAGCCAACGUCCCAGUUUUGGUUUCCAGCGGUAAAUAUGCGUACAGCGUUAUAGGGACCGAUUGGUUUCAGCUUAUCAAAUUCGACUUUAAUAGCAUUUUCGAGAACCUAAAAUUCAAACAGACAAUCGAAUCGAAACCUUGUCAAACAACUCAAGAACUACCCGAACGUCCGCUGGAUCCGCUUCCGCCUCCGGAACAAAUCAAUGCCGAUCAACGCCAACGCUAAAAGACAGGCGAGGAAAUAUUUCAAAUACCAACUUUUUUAAAAAGGUAUUCUGUGAUUGCAUUUAUGUGUUACCUCCUUAAUUGGAAUGUCAAAUUU